AUGGCUUGGUAUUGUUCUGCUAAUAGCAAUGAGGGACUUGUGAAUAACUUGAAAACGGCCAAGAUUUUUAAAUCAGAAGGGGUUGAGAAAGCCAUGAAAGCUGUUGAUAGAAAAAAUUAUGUAUCACAGGGUCCAUAUAAUGACACUCCUCAGCCAUUGGGUUUCGGUGCCACUAUUUCCGCACCUCAUAUGCACGCUUACGCUCUUCAAUAUUUGGAACCUUUCUUAAAGCCCGGUAUGAAAGUUUUGGACGUCGGAUGUGGCUCCGGAUAUUUAACAGCUUGUUUCUCAGAAAUGGUUGGACCGGAGGGGAAAGUUAUUGGCAUAGAACACAUUAAGGAACUUGUUGACAUGUCGAGAAGAAAUAUUCAAAAAGAUCGACCGGGAUAUUUGGAAUCUCAAAGAAUCAUAUUGGUUCAUGGAGAUGGAAGAAAGGGUUAUCCGGAGGAGUCACCUUAUGACUGCAUCCAUGUUGGUGCCGCCGCAGAAAAAGAACCUCAUGCAUUGAUUGAUCAAUUGAAAGCACCUGGACGGUUGUUUGUUCCUGUUGGAGUUAAAUCUCAGUCCAUUUAUCAGAUUGACAAGGACGAAAAUGGGAAAGUAACACGGAAAGAAUUGAUGGGAGUCAUGUAUGUCCCUCUUACUGAUGUCGAUAAACAAAUUUGA